AUGGUUGGAGCUUUCCUGUUCCUCCUGGUGGUGGUAUUGCUUUGGUGGUGCAUCCGCACAGGUCACUGCAAGGACCUUAAGAGCCUGGACAAAUUCUUCUUCUGGCGUGGGAGGUCCCCACGAGGGCCUGGGGCUGAGGACAAUGCCCGCAUUGAGAUCCGGAACAACAGAGACUCUUGUUCCAUCCUGGACUCUCAGCAGACAAUGGAAAGCCAGGAGCUGGCAGUGCUGACAGGUGUCACCGUAACGUCCCCAGGGGAGGCAGAGUGUGUGCUGGGACCCACAGAAGCCAAAGGGUCUCAGAUGACGACGCCACUGGUUCAAGCAAAUGGCGUCGGCGCCGAUCCCACUGACAAACCCGCUCAUGAGGCUGAUGGCACUGAUGGACAACGACAUUCAUGUGGCCAGAGCCCGCCCAGUGGGCCGGGAGGAUGCCCUGUAUGAAAUGCUGGUGCGAUGUGUCAGCAGGACGGGGCCGGAGGCCUCAGUGCACAGCCUGCUGGAGGCCUUGGACAGUCUGGGCAAAGGUACACAAAGGAGACCAUCGAGGACCACCUGGAGGGCUCCGGGACCUUCAUCUCUCUAGAUGGUG